UUUAUUCCUAUCGGUAAUUAUGAACGUCGUAAUCCGUGAUGUAGAUUACAGUCUCGUGCAAAGAGAAACCGGUUUCCUCCUCAACGACUGGCAGACAAUCCCAUCCCACGUGGAAGGCCAUCGAUGAAGCGGGGAUAAGUUACAACGGUACUUUCACACGACGCUUUUUACUACUCAAAUAAACUCACUGUAGACUGUUACUAUUGAGUUAACUCUAGUCUCGUUUAAAUCAAAAUUACUAUGUCAGACGAAAAGAGGCACGAUAAGGAGAAUGAAAAGGGAGCUCGAUACAUUAUAGGAAGACAAAUCAUGAAUUUAAAAAUGAAGAUAGUCCUAAAAAUUAUUCUAUCUUCUAUAGCAGGCCCGUUGAUCCUUUACGGUAUAUCUUUUAUUUAUCAGUCAUACUCGAGGCAUCUAUUUGAAAGACCAGUUACAAUAAACGAGGAUCGACCCAAAUUUUGGAUCUAUGCCAAGAGUAACGACACCGGUUAUUUGAAGCAUGUAUACGCGGUGCUCCAUCGACUCGGUUUCCAAGAGAGCAAUAACAAGUCCGAUUGGGAUCUAUUGUGGGCCCAUGAUUAUCCAUUUCGCGUGCUGUCCGUGAGUUUAGAUAAAUUGCAAAAGCACCAACGAGUCAAUCAUUUUCCCGGUUGCGGCUACAUCACAAAUAAAGUGGAUCUGUCGACAUCGCGUGGCGGACGAUAUAUACCGGCGGCAUUCAAGAUACCCGAGGAUCAGCAAGCCUUUCUCGAUUAUGCCAAGUCACAUCCCGCGAAGCUGUUCGUACAGAAAUCGAACGAUCACCGGGGCAUUCGCAUUCGCGACAAUGAUGACGCAAACUUCAUCGAUGGCACGUUCAUUCAAGAGUUCAUCGAACGACCGUUCCUCGUGGAUGGCUACAAGUUCGAUAUUGGAAUGUAUGUUGUCAUUACGUCCGUAGAUCCGCUACGAUUAUACGUCUAUAAGGGCGAUGUGUUGUUUCGCUUCUGUCCAGUGAAAUAUUAUCCUUUCGAUCCAGAAAUCCUAGACAAGUACGUGGUUGGCGACGAUUAUCUACCGAUUUGGAGUGUGCCAUCCUUGAAGAAAUAUUACACAGAACUCGGAUUCUCGAUGAAAGAUUCGUUCGAUGCGUAUAUCAAAGAGCGUGGAAAGAAUCCGACUGAUAUGUGGGAACGAGUGUAUGACGCUAUCCGGGAAGUCGUCUUGAUGAAGGAGAUGCAAAUCAGAGAAGUCUCCAAACGUUUUGGCAAUGGCAGAAAUUUCUUCGAACUCGUGAGAUUCGAUCUGGCUCUUGACGCAGAUCUAAAUGUUUACAUGAUGGAGGCGAACAUGUCGCCGAAUCUAUCUUCCGCACAUUAUCCACCGAAUCAACUGCUCUAUGAGCAAGUCAUAUUCAAUAUGUUUGCGCUGGUCGGUAUCGGCAAGAGGACUAAAAGAGAAUCCUUGAAGAUUAGAAAUAAAGCGGAGGAAGAAAUGGAGGUAGCAAACAAAAACAUCGUGGUGCUACCAGAGCUCUGUAAGGAAUGUGAAGAUUGUUUUCGCAUAGAGUGCCAAUUAUGUAGGCCGUGUUAUACAUUGGAAACAAAGCUUAUUUUGUCGCAGAGUUAUCUCGAGCACCAAAAUCAGAUGGACUUUCAAAGAAUCUUUCCGCCUCCGAUUACAAGAGAUAUGGUGCUAAAAAAUUACACAUUGAGAAAUCAAUUACUCAUCAGAUGGUAUCAAGGAAAAUGCAAAUUGGAUAAGACGUGGUGCAGUUGAUAUUAUAUGAUAAAGUUAGAAGUCUAUUUUGUAAAUGAGUUUAUACAUAUAUAAUAUGGAAUAUUUAUUUCAAACA